AUUUAAAGGAAACUGUAAGAAAAUAACGUAGAAUGGCCACGUUAGCUAUUACUGCUCUCACUCUCGCUCGCGUUUCUUCUUCUUCUUCCAACUUCUUUUUUUCUCGCACCUUCAAUCAUUUCACUACAAAGUGCGUACCUUUCAGAAUCCUACAUCAACGACGUCGUUUCUUCUGCCACAACUGCAAAAGGGGAAUAGCAUCUUCACCAGUCACCAUCCCUUCCAUUUCCGAUAAAAUGACCGCACCCUAUGGUUCCUGGAAGUCCCCCAUCACCACUGACGUCGUCUCCGGCGCCGCCAAGAGGCUCGGAGGCACGGCCGUAGACGCCCGUGGACGUCUCGUCUGGCUUGAAUCACGUCCGGCGGAAUCAGGACGGGGAGUUCUUGUGGUUGAGGCAGAAAAUCCGGGAGGUGAGGCUGUGGACAUUACACCUAAGGAGUUUGGAGUGAGAACAUUGGCUCAGGAAUAUGGAGGUGGUGCUUUUACUGUUUCAGGGGAUGCUGUCUUUUUUGCAAAUUACAAAGAUCAGAGAUUGUACCAGCAGUCCAUCAGUUCUCUGGAUGUGCCUCCCAUACCUCUUACUCCGGAUUAUGGGAGCCCAGUAGUCAGCUAUGCUGAUGGAAUAUAUGAUGGACGCUUUAACCGUUUUGUCAGUGUAAGGGAAGAUCGUCGAGAGAGUGCUCAAAAUCCAUCUACAGCAAUUGUAUAUGUAGCACUUGGAAGCAAAGAUGUUCAGGAAGCCCAGGUACUAGUUAGUGGAAGUGACUUCUAUGCUUUCCCACGUCUUGAUCCAAAAAGUGAAAGAAUAGCUUGGAUUCAGUGGAGUCAUCCAUACAUGCCAUGGGAUAAAUCAGAACUUUGGGUUGGCUAUAUUUCUGAAAAAGGAGAGAUCUACAAGCAGGUGUCUGUUGCGGGGAAUGAUCCUGCACUGGUGGAGUCCCCAACUGAGCCCAAGUGGUCUUCUGAUGGGGAGCUGUUUUUCAUCACGGAUAGGGCAAAUGGUUUUUGGAAUCUCCAUAAAUGGGUAAUUCUUUAACUUUUAUUUCCCGCAAAAGCAUUUGUGUAUAGAGUGGGUUUUUAUUUACU